AUGGCGAUAACCGUAUACGAAGCAAGCAGGAAGAGAGAACGAACCCCCAAGAUCCUGAGUAUUUACAAUUCUGCCACUCCCUUCAUGGAUGUCUCUGGAACCUUCCGAGACAAUAUCAGACUGUUUCUCCGCAACUACUCCGAGAAGGAAGAUUACUCCCUCCAUGGGAAUCCCGUUUGGUGCACUUUGCUUGCGAACGAAGCAAACGGCGUCGUCUUCCCUCUCUACACCGUCGAAGAACACAUCCCUUCCUCUUCCAACCCUCUCUGCGAUUUCUGCAGAUGCUUCGGUUGGGGUCACCACUAUGUAUCAAAGAGAAGGUAUCAUCUGAUUGUCCCAAGGAAGGAUGAAUGGAGGAAGCCAUUAACGAAAGAGAGUCUGAAGAGUACUUCUCAUUUGUUGCAUGGCGUGAUCCACUGUAACGGCUUCGGACAUCUUCUUUGCAUCAAUGGUGAUGCUUCCAGUUCCAGUUGCCUCUCCGGUGAUAACAUAAUGGACUUCUGGGACCGUCUUUGUGCAACCCUCCAGACACGAAAGAUCUCUUUGGAUGAUAUCUCGAGGAAGAGAUCGAUGGAGCUGAGGUUGCUUCAUGGCGUUGCAUAUGGUCGGCCUUGGUUUGGGAAAUGGGGUUACAGGUUUUCUCAUGGAAGCUUCGGAGUCACAGAAGAUCAGUACAGACGAGCUAUUCAGCUUCUUAGCUCUUUAGAACUUGACAAGAUAAUGGAAGAUUUCUCUGAAACGAAAAGUGGAAGAAUGAUUCAGAUGAUUUUGGGGAUCUAUAGAGAAGCCAGUGACACCACUCUGGCGACUCUUUCCGACUUACUUCAGUUUAUGCUUGCUUUCGGAUCGAAAGCCCCUGUAGAGAGAAGCACUGCCAUGGCAUUAGUUGGAAUCGCUUUUAAUUCUUUGUCAACGCCAAAUUCUAGAGAUCAAAACAACGGCAUAACCUGUUCCUGCUCGCUUUCUCAGGAGUCAGAUCGCGAAAACAGCUCUGGGUCAGACUCAGCCAUGGAGGUAAGGCCUCCGAAGAGCGACAUCUUCACUUCACUGGCCUUGAAAUUGUGUUCGAGAUGGUCUGGAAAGAGGUUAAAAGAGGCAGCUGUAGUGGUUCACAAUGUGCUCGAAGAGCGAAAAAGAUGCAUCAGCCGGCAAGAGCUACGUGACGCAGUUAGGCUGCAUAUCGGCGACACGGGAUUGAUUGAUUUCUUGCUAAAACACAUCGACAAAGUCCAUAUUGGGAAUAAAGUAGUUCACAGAUGCACAAACCCUAAUACCCGGAUGCUAGAAUUCUCCCUCCGAAGUUCUCCUGGUGCAGCAGAAGAGCCGAGAAAGAGAAGAAAACUGCCGAUAACCAACGAUCGGACAUCCAGUGCCCCGGGACGAGAUGUGUACAAAGAUGUUUCCUUUCUGUACGAGAAUCUCUUGUUAGAUUACCCUGACUCUGACAUACUCGGCCAGGCUUCCGAGGUUGUCAUGAACUGCAAGAGCUUCGCGAAAGAGUUUCAUUUAUUACCUUCCUCCGAUCACCACAACAAUCGUCUAACAGUGCAGUGCCAAGUUAUUCCCAACCACGACGAGCUACUCGCAGAUUUCACCCGGCCGUUACCACAGGGAGAACUGGUGGUGCUUCCGCAAAACUCGACAGUUAGAGAACUGAAAUCAGAGACCGAAAAAGCGUUAAGAGACACGUAUUGUGUAAUGGAGACAUUCGAAGUGCUGGAGAUAAGGAACAGAGAACUGGAGAAGAUAGACGAGGGGGAAGUUGUGGGAUCGGAGACAGAGGUUGUAAUGGUGAGAGGGUUUGGUCUGGACAGAUGUACGGAGCUAAGGUACGAGGGGGGGUUCGACGACUGGACGGUGGAAUGCAGAUGCGGUGCGAGAGACGAUGACGGGGAGAGGAUGGUGGCUUGUGAUUCUUGCAGGGUUUGGCAUCACACUCUUUGCAAUUCCAUCGAGGACGACGAGGCUGUGCCCUCUGUCUUCCUCUGCUCCAAGUGUUCUCAAGGUAGCUUGAGGAGCAAGAAACGAAGAGCCCUAACUUAGGUCACAAGCCAAGAAGGAUUUGGCAAAAUGUUCAUGUUUCGAUAACUGGUAAGGACCAUCGUCUGAUGGACCCGGACCGACC